AUGUCGCAACGGCCUCCACAGGCCACUGUUGAUUCCAAUGCAAAUGAUGCAACCCCUAAGAAGAGUUUCCGACUCCCCGCGAUCCUCGAUCACUUCAAUGCGCGCGAGCUCAAGGUCUUCUUCCGGUGCUGGGUUGCCCUCUGGGUGGCGAGUCUCUUGAUCUUCAUCACCCCUUCCUUGACCAGUAUUGGUACCGCUACGUUUUUCGCGAGUCUCGUCCUCUUGUUCAACCCGCCGUCCGGAAUAGUUUUCAUUUACCUCUUGGGGGCCUUGACUCUGUUCAUUGGAAUAUGCCUAGCCUGGGCAUGGGGCGUCAUCACGAUGAAGGCCGCUUACGCGGCCAGGCCAGCAGCAGACACACAGGCCCGACUUGCAUCGUUGCAACAGACGGCGGUAGCCCAAGCCAACGCGACAGGAUCUCCGACUGCCAGUGUGGCACAGCAGCUAAUCUACGAUGGCUACAUGUUGGACACGCGUGUCACAGCGAUUACAUUCUGUCUCAUCUGCACAUUUAUCUACUUCAUGGCUCGACUGCGCGCUAGUAAUCCCAAAGCCACCUUGACCUCGAUCUUUGGAAUUAUCAUUUCGGACCUUUUUCUCAACUUCACCCCCCUUCUACCCUCGUUCUCGGGAACGCUACCUCUGACGCUCGUGAAACCGGCCGCCAUCGGUGUGGGACUUGGAUUUGCAUGCUCGGUGCUCUUCUUUCCGCGAUCGACCUCUCAUGUGGUUCUGGAUAGUAUGGAGGAUAUCGUGGAGCUGCUCAAGCAACCACUGACGUUCACCUCCGUGACGCUAGGGAAAAAAGCGCAGCAGCCGGAUGUCGACCGACUACACAAGACACACGCUCGGAUUAUCCAGGAAUAUCGAAAGAUGGAACCCGGUUUGGCCUUUCUGCCAUUGGACUUCUCAGUGGGCCGCUGGGGUCCCGAGGAGGUCGCUUCCUUCAAGGAGCCGAUGCGGCAGGUCGUGGCGGCCAUUCUUCUUUUGCUUGAAUUCCACAUCGGUCGAAUCUAUGGCGAAGUUCGCACAGAAGACAUCCUUCGUGAGCACGCCGAACAGACAAAGGAGGCCCUUAUCACGGACGAGAAGCAGCCCCGCAAGGUUGGAGCCCAACAACUCUCUCAACUCGCGGAGGUGCUAGAAGGUUUGCGCAGCCCGGACAGCCAGGAGCUGCCCCAGGAAGUCGUGGAUGAACUAGUCAGCAUGAGCGCAAUGGCGAUCGACGCGUGUCUGGAGGGAUUAGCGGUGACGAAGGAGUGCAUCCAUAUGGUCAAUUGCCGACGAUGGGUGAGGCGAGCGUCCCCAACAGAACGCGAGGAUCUGUACCAGCGAAGUCAGACAGCACUUGAGAAUCUCCGCAAGGCUCACAGCGGCUUUCUUCGCGACAUGACCGAACUCUUGAUUGGUCAUUUUGCACCUACGACAAACGGUGAGCCCCGUGACCAGCGCAAGUUAGGAGCACUCGUGGUUGGGAUGGUCUUUGAGGAACACGUCUGUAUUACAAUCACUCGUACAGAGGCUCUACUUGCCCGUGUGUCGACUGCUUUCCACGACUCGAAAGGAACCCAGCUGUGGUGGCCAACGAGUCUUCGAUACGCCGCCUCCUGGGCGUUUCGGAAGAAAGCGAAGGCACCAACAACGACAACGGUCGUGGAGGACGAUCCGGACGAGGCAGAGGACCUGACUAAAGCUGCGCAGGAAAAGCUUCGGAUCAGUCGUGGAUACCGACCGAAGCACCGCAGCCCCUUAGGACGAGCCAUUUUAGGAACCUAUCAUUGGGUUACUUCGAACGAAGGCCUCUUCGCAUUACGCAUGGUUGUUGUUACGAUCGCCCUCGGCAUCCCCGGUGUCAUCCCUCACACCGCUGGGUUCUAUUACCGGGAAAAAGGUCUUUGGGGGUUGAUCAUGGCGCAAACCGGCUUGCUUGUCUACAUGUCUGAGUUUACCUUUUCGACUCUCAGCCGACUGGUCGGGACAAUUGCUGGCGGUGUUCUAGGACUUCUGGCAUGGUAUAUUGGCUCGGCCAAUGGUCCUGGCAACCCCUAUGGAUUAUCGGCCGUUCUGGCUGUGAUGCUUGCCAUCUUGAUCUGGAUUCGACUGUACCUGCCUCCGAGCUUGCUACAAGGAGGAAUUAUGGGCGGUGCCACUUUUAUGCUCGUAGUGGCAUAUAGCUACGACGAUACACACAUUCCACAGUACGGCAACCCUGGAGUUGGCUAUACGGUCUUUUGGCGACGGCUACUCCUCGUGCUCAUCGGAGUUGGUGCCGCGACGAUUGUCCAGUUGUUUCCCCGUCCACCAUCAGCCGCCCGGCAUAUCUGCAAGACCUUGUCUCACACUGUACGAACGUUGUCCGACCACUACGCAUUGCUCUUAUCGUGUUGGGGCCGCUCCCGCCACGAUGGGCGCGUACUCGCCGAGCCGAUCUCCCUUCAGUUGACCGAAGGAUUAGUGAUGCUAGACGGGCCUAUCGAUAUGCUGCGGUUCGACUUCUCUAGUUCCCGGUUCGACAGCGAAAGCCUGGGCCGCGUGAAGCGUCUCUGCCAUAUCAUGAACCGUAGUCUGGGGCAGCUUCUACUGUUAUCCGGCACCCUCCCGAGCGAGUUUCAACAUCGACUCGCGCAACAAACCGCCCUGCUGGAUCACCAGUGCAUUGGUGAGAUCAUGGCUGUUUUGGGGAUGUGCGAACAAGCGCUGAAGACUGGCGAUGCAUUGCCUGAGAUUCUCCCCACGCCACUGGUCAGACGCGCCUUUGACUACUGGCAGUCUCACCCGGCUGAGAUUGACUUCUCCCCUGACACAGUGAGGGAUGAAAAUUAUCGCCGCUUCUGCGUGGCCUUGAGCGCGUAUCUGAAAUUCCUGGGCACGAUCGAUGAAUUAGUGCUGGUGAUUAAGGGAGUUUUGGGUGAGGCGCAUUUGGUUUCCCAUGAAUUAGGAAACUUGGUUUAA